CAUUCAGCAGCACAAGUGGCUGCAACAGCAGCAGCAGCAGCAGCAGCAGGAGCGCAGGACCGCCUUAGGAGAGCUAAAAACCUCAAAACCUCGACCUCGGCAACAGGAGCAACAGCAACAGCAUCAGAAACAGAAUCAGAAUCAGAAAUCAGGGGAUAGAGAAAAUCCGCAGUGGGCGCUAAAGAAUGCGAAGUCGCACCGAGCUGGUGACCACCACAUUUGUGGAGAGCGACGAAGAGGAGGACUACAGUCCAGACGACGAUUCCGACUCGGAGGAGGACUGGCGGCCCACCAAGAAGCGGCCACCAAAGCAGCCACGUAUCGGCGUAGCCAUUGCUGGAGGUUCGGGGGCAGGUGGAGCUGCAGGUGCAAGCGGGGGACCAGGCGGCGGUGAGGGCGGUCGCAAGAGAAAGGCUGCUGGAACGGCCGCCAAGGCCAAGCGUCGCCACUCGAAGGUGGACAGCGACGACGAAUCCGACGACGACGAUGACGAUGACCUAGAAACGGAUCCCAGCGACGAGGACUUUGAGUAUCCACUGGCCAGCACCUCGAAGCGGCCGCAGAGUCUGCCCCCGAAGAAGCAGUUCGUGAAGCUCCACCAGGUGGAUCUGCUGAUGAAGAAGGCGGACCUCCUCGACAAGGACUGGAUGAAGAACACUCGCCUCUGCCUGUGGCGCAAGGAUGUGCAGGCGAGUCUCCUGCAGAAGUUUCUCAGAGUAAAGUCGGAGCCCGGCGAGGAGCAGCUGCUCUUCACUUCCAGCUCGGUGUAUUCCAGCUGGGAUGAGCAGCAAAUUGGUGACUACUUGGAGGUGAAGGCCAACUGCUUGGACCCCAACAAUCGACGGUUCAAGCUGCACGAUCUGGAGGGCAUUAUGAAGGUAUCCCAGGAGUUGCUCGAGGAGCAGGAUAAGGAGGACCCGGAUGAGGAGGCUGCUGCACCUGGUGCUGAUGACGACGACGAAGAAGAUGAAGGAAAUCCCGAGGACCCCGAGCUGGAGCCAGAGUCAGAGCCAGUGCCAGAUCUGGAGGAGGACGAGGAGGAAGACGAAGCCCUCGACGAGGAGGAGGAAGCCGAGGACGAAGGCCAAGAUCAUACCGAUGAAACAGAUCCAUAAAUCAAACAAAUAAUCCUACUAUGCAGUAUAUACAGCGAGAGAACAUUUGAGAUUCUUAGCCGAGAUUAAUCGUAAAUAGUUGGCCAAGUUAGCAUUAGAGAUCGAGAAUUCCCAAGCAUCUGGCUG